GCCGGACAGACCGUGGGUAGGUUAUUGUUCCGGUUAUAAAAACAUGACAACAUUUAUUAUAUCUUAGUUCGUGGUUAUAACAACAAGGCAUUUUUUCAUUAUCUAGAGCCUCUUAUGAUUUUAUCUUAUCAAAAUUAUGACGAACAUUUUGUGAUAAUACUCGUAUACGAAUUUGUUUGUUCAAGUACAACCACACAUUUAAAUAAUAUACCUUUUGCCACACUUUCAAGAGUUUACAGGUCUCACUGGUAUUUUGAUUGUGUUCUGCUACCGGGAUUAUGUAACAUUCUAGGCACUUGUCGUUUUCAUUGUAAUGGUCGAACAACAUUAUUGCCGUUCUGCGUUUUGAAUCGAUCUGCGGCGGUGUUGAGUUGAGUAGUUGACUAUGUCGAUAUUCGAGAACAGUGCAACUUUGAAGGACAAAGUCGACGAUACACAUCCAUUGAAAUGCACGAUUCUCAAUUCACGGAACACCAAUGGAUAUACGGAAUACGUCAUAGAAGUAACGCGUACUGGUGUCCAGGAUUACACUUGGAAAAUAUUUAAGCGGUACAGUGAUUUUGUUAAGCUUCAAAAUAUGCUGUACAAGAUGUCAUCAAAAAUCAUUUUGGAUUUACCACCGAAAAAAUACAUUGGAAAUAUGGAUCGAAAAUUGGUGAUGCAACGACAAAAUGCUUUACAAAGCUCUUUAAACACAAUGGUUGAAAAUUUAAUGUUAGCAAAUUCCUUACUAAUCAGAAGCUUUUUGGAUCCAGAAUCAUAUAGUGAAUAUUGCAAAGAAUCUUUAUUCCAAAAAGUUGGGAUGGUACUAAGAGGUAAUCGAGAAUUUGAAUUGUCGAAAGAACUACCUAAUAUAGGAUGGCGUUUAAAAAGGAAAUCAUUUUUAUCUAAAUGGAAAAAAGAUCCAAAACAAGAACUUUUAUUAUCAUGGACUGAAUGUGGUCCUGACCUUUCACUUAAACAGCUAGAUUUAGUUACAGUAUUAAAAUCUAUCUCUAGCAUAAUACAUCCACUUGUAGACAUUCCUGUGAUACUGCCAAGUCCUGAAGGAUAUACAUUAUCAGUUCAUAAUAUUCAGGUUGGCAGUUUGAGAGAUCUGCUCUAUCAAACAACGCCUUUACAACCUUUCUUAAAAAAAUAUUGGGAUACUUCUUCUCAUGUUUAUUUACCAGACCAAACUAUGGUAUCCUAUAUUAAACAGAUCUUAUAUGGACUGAAAUUUUUACACGAUAAUCAUAUCCCUUAUGGUCACUUGCAUUCUGGAAAUGUUUUAGUCUGUGAUAUUGAAAAUAUUAAACUAACUGGCAUUGAAAAUAGUACUUUAGGAUUACCUUCAUAUUAUCGUUCAUAUUUAGUACAACUUGGUAAAAAACGUAUACAAAGUUUAAAUGAUGUCGAUAUAUAUGGAUUUGGACAUAUAUUAUAUGAGUUUACGGAGAAUGAGCCUUUAACAAGGCCUUUUUGUGAACAUUUUUCUCAAAAAACUUCAUUAAAUUUGACAAAACAAAUGAAAACUAUACUUGCACCUCCUUCAUCAAAGUUACUUAUGCCAAGUGUGAACUCAAUAAUAACAAAUUUAAAACAUGUACGAAUGAUAGAUGAACAAAAAGAUCCAUCGUUUUUCAAAUGUAAAAUACCAGCUUUAGUAAAAGAACAUUAUAUCCUAAUCGCAGAAAAAUGCAUGUCUAGAAUUUUUGAAGACCAAAAAAAAAUUGCAUUAGAAAAACGUCAUAAAAAGAUUUAUAAAAUCAUCCAUGACCCAGAAAAAUGUACAGAAGCAACACAAUCAAAACAUUUUGAUUUUCAUUCAAUCAAAAACAAUAGUUCAAUUGAUAUCAGCAAUCGAUCACAUAGCUCCAGUAGUAACAGUACAUUAACCUCAACAGGAUCUGAUAUUAUUGCUGUUAAUUCAUCAUCUUUAGCAUCCAACCCUCCUCCACCACCACCGCCGCCACCACCACCUCUGUCAACAACAACAACAACAACUAUCCCCAUUAUUUCAUCACAAUCAAAUAAUCAGAGAAUGGCUUUAUUAUCUUCUAUUAAUUUGUUUGAUACCAAUAAAUUAAAGAAAAUUGCAAAAUGAUAAAAUAAAAUGUUAUAGAUAUUUAAAUUAGCAAAAAUGUUGUGUCAUUGUAUGUAUAUUAAAUUGUUCCUAAGGUGCUAUUGAUUAUUUUUUAAUAAAAAUAAUAAUUUUUGAUACAAUUUAAAUUACUGAUUUCAAGGGUUGUCAUAACUUUUUGAGUGUUGAAUGUAUUUUUUCUUAUUGUUAAAAUGUUAUGAAAAUAUUAUCUAUAUUUAAUAUUAAAUUUUCAGUAAGUAUCAAUAUUAUAUUUUCGUACUUUUUUUCCUUGUGAAACAGAUAUUUAUAUAAUGUUAUUAUUUUUAUAUAUACUUGAUUUUAAAAAUAUUUAACCAUUUAAUUUAUUCUGAAACAGAUAAAAAUAACCAUGUUGCGUUUGUGUUGACUAUUUAAAAUAAAAUAUUUUAUAACUCAAUGUCCAAUUCAUUUUUGCCAUAAAAAUAAAAUACCUAUUAUUGUUAUUAUUUAUUGUAAAAGUUAUCAAAAUUAUAAUUGUAAUCAUAAUUAUAUAUAAUUUGUUUGUUUGUUUGUUUUAAGUUAGAUUAAUUAUAACUAAAACAACUACUAUUUUUAAACAGAAAAUAUUUGCUACUAGGUAACUUUAUAUCUAGUUAUUCUAUAAAUUCCAGUAUUAAAUAUUAUCUAUAAAAGAUGUGAAUCAAAAAUUAAAUGUAAAAAACAAAUUAUUAGGUAUCUAAAAAAGUACCAAUAAGGCUCUCUUUUUUGUUUUUGAAUUGUGUAGCACUUUUUUCUAUUGUACUUGUAUUGUCAUUUUCAUAUUAUUCAUUUUAGCUAUUCAUAUUAUUUUAAUAUUUUAUCAACUAUUAUUUUACUAAACAUUAUUAUUAAUUUAUAUAUACAAAAAAUAAAAUUAUUUAUUUGUUAACUACCUAAUUAAAUCUAUUUAAAAAUGUUGUAAUAAUUAUGUUUGUAUGUUGUCUGAUUAUGGUCAUAUGAAUUAUAUUUGUUUUAUUUUUUAUUACCAUUAUUAUCUAAAUCAAUAUUGUAUCCAUGUUUUUAUUUAAAUAUUAUAUAAUUAUUAUUUGUUGUUAUUAAAAAUGUAUUUUUUUUAUAUCUCAUAAUAGUAAAUAAUAAUUAGUAGUGACAUUAAGGAGUGAUUUUACGUCAAUGGAUAUUAUUAUUUUUUGACCAAUAAUUUAUCAAGUCAUUGACUCUAGUAGGUCGCGGACGUUGGUCGAAAAUCUAAGCCAAAGGUCACCAAAUUUUAAUUGGCAUCAAUAUCUAGAUUUUAUGUGAUUUCUUACACGUCUAUAUUUUUUCUAUAAUCUUAUUUGUGAGUGUUUAUAUUUUAAACCAGUAUAUUAGGUAAGUGGGCCUCUAAGUUUGU